AUUAUUAAUUAUAUUUAUAAAAUAUUUUUUAUUUUUAUAUUAUUUAUUGGAACAAUUAUAACAAUUUCUUCUUCUUCUUGAUUAGGAAUAUGAAUGGGAUUAGAAAUAAAUUUAAUGUCUUUUAUUCCUUUAAUUUCUGAAAAAAAUAAUUUAAAUUCAACUGAAAUAUCUAUUAAGUAUUUUUUAGUACAAGCAUUAGCUUCAAUAGUUUUUUUAUUUGUUUCUAUUAUAUAUAUAUUAAAAUUUUCAAAUUUUAAUUAUAUUUUUUUAAGAUAUGAAUCAAUUUUAUUAAUUUUUUCAAUAAUAAUAAAAUUAGGUGCGGCUCCUUUCCAUUUUUGAUUUCCUAAUAUUAUUGAAGGUUUAUCAUGAAUAAAUUCUUUAUUAUUAUUAACUUGACAGAAAUUAGCUCCUUUAACUAUUGUUUCUUAUUUUUCUUUUUUAAAUCAAUUAAUUAUUUUUAUUUUAUUAUCAUGUUUUGUAGGAGCUGUAGGAGGUUUAAAUCAAACUUCUUUACAAAAAUUGUUAAGUUUUUCUUCUAUUAAUCAUAUUAGUUGGUUAUUAAUAGCAAUAACUUAUAGAAAUUAUUUAUGGUUGUUGUAUUUUUUUAUUUAUUUUAUUUUAAAUUUAUGUUUAAUUAUAAUUUUUAAAAAUUUUAAUCUUUUCAAUUUUAAUCAGUUAUAUAUAUUUAAAAAUAAUGGAAUUAAUAGAAAUUUGUUAAAAAUUUUAUUUAUAAUAAAUUUUUUUUCUUUAGGUGGUUUACCCCCAUUUUUAGGGUUUUUACCAAAAUGAAUAGUAAUUGAAUUUUUAUUAAUAGAUAAAAUAUUUUUUUUAAUUUUAUUUUUAGUAAUGAUAUCAUUAUUAACAUUAUUUUUUUAUAUGCGAUUAACUUUAACUUCAUUUGUUAUAUUUUAUCCUUCUAUAAAAUGAAAUUUUUUAAAUUUUAAAAAAAAUAAAAUAAUAAAAUUAAUUAUUUUUUUUAAUAUUGUAAGUUUAUAUUUUUUUUUAAUUUUUUUAUUAAAUAAUUAUAUAUUUUAA